CAUGGAUACAACUUCCUACUAGGGAUACCGAAAGGGAGUCUCGAGUAGUUGUUGGGUCCUCACGAACAGACCAACGUACCUACGUGUGCGCAUAGACCAUCUAUCGAAGUGCGUGAUAAAAAUUUCGUGUCAACAACGAACACACAGCAGUUCUUGUACGAGGAAAGAACUUGUUUUACAAAACCAUCAUGAUGCAGCCGUUCCUGGAUUCUUUCAUCGACGAGGACUUGCACGACGACGAUGCCGACCUCGAGGACGUCAUCCGGCGGUACAAGGAGAGCAAAAACAACAAGAAGAAGCAGCACCAGCAAAACAAUUCCCACUCACAAGCGUCCUCGAAUUCCGGCACUGCAACCUCCUCCGCCGGCGCCAACACGCGCGCGACCUCGGCCCCAAACCACGGCGCGUCCCGGGUCACGCCCACCUCAGCGACCAGUUUCUCCACUUUCGCUACCGGGGGCGGCGGAGGCGGGCUCGGCGCGAGCAGCAAUGGCACGACUAGUGGGAACAAUAAUUACAGUAACCCAAGACGGCUAUACAGCGCGCACGCUGCCGCCGCUUCCUCGACUAGUACGACGUCUGGGGGUGGUGCGGGGCGGAGUGCGGCCGGUGGGGGAGCAGGAACUGCUGGCGGUGGUGGAAGAACUGGGAUAAUUACAGGCAGUAAAACAACAAGCGCUACAAGUUCCGUAGCAAAGACCGGUGCAGCCACUGCCACUGGAGAUGUUACGAAACAUCAUUCACAAAGGGGUGCUGCAAAAGCUGCAGGACCAUUGGCGGAACAGAUGCACGACCCGCCAAAAAGUACAACAGGAAUAAAUACUAAAAAAGCCGUAGCCGACGACCGGUACAACAGCUUCGAACCAAUACUUCCGCCUGCUCCAGCUUCCGCGGCUUCGCCAGCCGCGCCUAUCGACAUCCGCGCCGCGCCGAGCUCCAGCUCCCGGGCGGCGUUGCGGCCGGUGAGUGCGCGGGUCAACCGGGGGAACAGUGCGAGGGCGGCGGCGAUAAACAGCAGCGGCAACCAGGAACAGGCUCCAGUGCCAUCUGGCAGGAAAGAAGGAGCUGCAGGACCGAGUGCUGCUAGUGAUGAUCGAAAUAAUAACAGCAGUACUACAACUGUUCAAGCCGCGUCUGCAGUUAUCACUACAUCCGCAACUGCCGGUGCAGGUCCGCCGAGUGCGCGCAGUCUUGGCUCUUCCGCAAAAAUGAGGGUUGUGACCGAGCCUGUCUUGGUAGCCGCGCCGGUUCUUGUGCCGGGAGGUGGUGGAUCCGACGCAGCAGGUUAUCAUGGGGGUUCGUCCUACACGAGAACUCCAGGAGGAGGAGAAACACGAUCAAAGUCACCGCUUAUUCCUGCCGCUGGAACAACAAGCACACAACUCACGCCAACACUUCCUCCACCAACAUCGCAACCCAGACAAACUCCUUCCGGGGGCUCCGUGGUCACCGCAGGAAGCACGCCAGGUGGUGGCGUUGGUGGUGGUGGGGGUGCAGUACCUCCGCCGAGUCGGCCCCCGACGGUGCCGCCUUCGAGUACGAGCAAAACUGGUACAACAACGUCUUCAGGGCUUAAUAUCAGCAGAGGUGGAGGCACGAGGACUCCGGGAUCAGGUGGGCGAGGACCAAGUACAACAGAAGGUGGUCCUUCUACUGGCCCAGGAACUACUAGACUAGGGAACAACCCGCCAACAUGCGGCCCGCCGAUUCUCUUCUCGUCGGAUCAAGAAGUUCUUGUCGCGGACCAAGACCAUCUUCAAACCGGCAGUAUUAAACAAGCAGCCGAUCUGAUGAUCUCUGGCACGAGUAGAAGCCACUCGUACGGGGAACAACAAGAUCCCAACUACAACUCCGAGUCCGUGCACCAGGCCUCUUCGGUCUUCGCCGCAUCCCGAAGCAGCUCCAAGGUGGUGGAGCAGCGAAGUAAAUUGCCGUCCACGGUGACGAACUUGCUGCAGAUCCGGAAACGGUCGCUAGUUCCCCUCUCGGAGAAAACGAAACAGCAGGGGAUCGUGGAAAUCAACCAGCAGACCGGGAAAACACCACUGCAGCUCGCGUUUCAGCGCCAGAUCGAGACGUUGGCGGCCGCGCCAAGUCCGGACAAGAAUGAGCUGUUCGAGGUGAAAACCUUUUUCGAUUUACGAGACUACGACCUCGGGGACGUGCAAGAGAACCGACACGAACGGCCGGCGGGGUCGCUGCGGAGCAUCUACUUGUUCUACGCUAGGCUGUACGAGAAGCUGGUAUGACUGUGAUGUUCAUGAAUUUGAUAGAUGAAAGAAAAGGAAAACUACUUUAUUAAACCUUUUCUUUGAGUUCUAUGCGAUUGCUUUUGUUGCACUGUGAAAUUAUUUCCUAUUCGUAGACAAAUACAAAACAUAAACCAUCCCUCACGCAAAAUCCUAUAACUCAGAUCGCGAAGCAGAACGGCAGCGACGUCGCGUUCUUCGGACCCGCCUAUUUCGAGGAGUUCAACGACGAGUCCGUUUUUCCCACGAGAAUCGACGUCGCGGACACCCGCGCACUGACCAUGCGCGAAAUUCUGGAUUUCAGCGCGGACUUCGGCCUCCGUCCGCACCGCGUCGGGAUCCGGGACCUGGAGCAGUGCUACAUGGCCGCGUACCGCAACGGGGCGUCGGACCAGCACACGGCGUUCGAAACCAGUCCCGGGCUGACGUACCACGAGUUUCUGCAGUUUCUCGUGUUUCUCGCGGACGUGCUGGACCAAAACGCGGCCAAGGACAAGCUGUGCAUGCGGUCCCCCUGGCUGGGCAGGUUGCAGCGCACGAAGAGGUUCGCGGCGCAGUUGCAAUUGUCCAACGUGAAGAAGGUGCGGACGAAUCUAGUGGACAUCUGGCGCCGGACGCACUAUACCAAAUGUAAAAAUGUCUGGGUCUGGAAGAAUGCAACUUGUCAUGCUAAAUCUGAAGCAUGCAAAAAUCUGUGUUGCGUGAUUACCAAAAGUCGUCCAGUUUUGACCAACUCGGGAGGAUGUUUCUCAUGCAGGAUAGGCAUGCUAGAACUCUCACACAAUCUGUCAUGCUAUGUCCUACAUACGCAUACCAGACCUCAUGGGUCAUGGAAAACCUGCAUGACAAGUCUAGCACUCUUCCAGACCCAGACAUUUUUACAUUUGAUACACUACUGGAAACUCGACGACCCCGAUACGGACCUGAAGAAGGUCGCGAAGAUCCUGGCCCAGAAUUGCAUCCCGAAGACGCGGAUCAAACCCCUGUUUAAGGAUGGUAUAGUGUGAUAAUGUAUUGCGUCACCGGCACGGAUGACUUUGAUGUGUACUAUCUUUGACCCUGGGCGUUUUCCGUGUAAAGAGCAACUUCUACUACCAUCUUCAUUCGUGUUUAUCACUACAAAUAACCCCCUACAGACGCGUCCCGCCAGGGCUCUUCCCCCGACGACGUCGCUUCGUGCACCAACUACCUCGAGAAGUUCACCUGGUCGGGCGACGGCCCGACGUGGGAGGCCUUCCCCCUGCCCUACCUGGACAUGGGGGUGUCUAAUAUCAAGUGCAAAAAUGUCUGGGUCUGGAAGAAUGUAACUUGUGAUGCUGCGUUUGAAAUCCAAAAAGAUCUGUAUUGCAUGAGCAGCAAAGAGAAGGCAACGAACAUUUGCUUCGCGGAGAGGGUAUUUGCCAUGCGCGAUAGGCAUCAAGAAGGCCUCAAAAAAUCUGUGAUGCUAGGGCAUGCAUCACAGACGUCAGGGCUCAUGCAAAAUGUGCAUGACAAACUCCCCAAGUCUUCCAGACCCAGACAUUUUUACAUUUGAUAUCUAAGGUCGGCGAGCGAAAAUCCUUCAAGAUCGCGCUGACGAACAAGGCGACGCACUUAUCCUGAGCAAAAACGUACCCACACCAGAGUUCUAAUGCAGAUUUGCAAAGACAGGAAGACUUGUAAUGCGCAUCCCCAUGAGAGCCAUUUUCAGUCGUGUUUUGGGAUUUGUGAUGCUGUGAACAGGAUGAGCAGAUGAAUCUGUGAUGCGGCUGCACUUGCUAACCUGCACUACAGUGCAGAGUGCAACUUGUCAUGCGUGACUCACAGCGCAUGGAGAAGCCCGGGACAAGCGCAUAGACGCAGAAGGCAGUGGAGGUGGAGUUCGACUAAUCUCGGCUCGCGCAGUCCGGCAGCGAGACGAACGGCGCACCAGCCCGAGCGGAGCCAUGCAGAAAUCGACCAGCAAUGGUGGCGGAGCCCCGCAUGGACACCAUGGUCGCCGUUGGCGAUCACAAUCUCGCCACCGAAAGCGAGGAAGAAGCGAGUCGCGCGAACGACAAGCCAAGCGACAUAAGACCGGGGGGAGAACGGAAGCGACCACCGGACCGGUCGGCCACGGCGAAAGCAUCCGACGGCCGGCCCAAACUACAUCAGCCCAGCACAACCUGCCGAACGCCGCGCACGGGGAUGUUGAUCAGCCAUCCGGCCAGCAGCACGGGACCAAACCACCCCUAACCAAGAAGGCCAUCCAAGAACUAAUUGACGAGGAAACGUAUGAGGCGGAAAAUGGAAACCCGGAGGGCGUCGACGCGUUACAACUGGCGCUCCGGUUGAGACGCAGGCUAAAGAAAUCCGGCUGCCCGCAACGAAACAUCCGAAGAGCGGUAGAGACCAUUAGCCUAGGGCUGGAGGAAAACAGAAAACGCCUGCCGCAGGCCAUCGAGCUGGCGCUGCAGCACGCCUACAUGCCACCCGGCCAAUCGUUCCCCGACCAGCAGGGGGCGCCUGCCGCAGGGGUAGCGGGGGCAGCGGAGGACUCGCCCGCUGAGUCCAGCAGCACCGGCGACAGCAGCACGGAGACGUCCUCUUCAGAGGAGGAAAUAGUUGUUGGCGGAGACCCGAGCAGAGCUAGCAAUCACGGAGUAAAAACAGAGGACGAGACGGCGGUAGGGGGAAAUGCCUCACGAGUAACUGCUACCGAGGAGAAGCGGGUGGUGGAUGUCGACUUGACGGGCGAAGACAGUCAGUCGGGGGACCGCGACGGCGGCCCCACUACCGAGGGCGACCCCCCCAGGGGCGACAAAAGGGGUGGCGAGCCCAUCAACGAGAAGGCGGCCCUGCAGGAGCGGAGCGGAGCUAGAGCGCCGGCGAACGCAAACCCCUUGGCCCAGCCGUGGCCGCAGAGAACGGACCGGCCCCCCAAGGCUUCCGAAGCGCCCGGGCCCAGCGCGGACGACGUCGUGCGCAGCCUCGCGGAAUCUCUACCCAAAAUCACAGCAGUGCAAGAGGACGCCUCACGUGCCGGGGAGCCAAGCAGUACAACCCUGUUUGGAGGACACGUUGCUGCAAAACUCGACAAGGAGCGUGCAGAUAGAGCAGAAGAAAAGCGACAGCAACUCCUCGGCCGCCACCGGAGCUUCCAGACCGGGGAGGAAGAGACUGUUGUUGCGGGGGAGCUCGACCGGCACAAGGCGCGCGAGACGGCCGCACGCGUUCGGGGCAUUGUCGCAGCAAAUGGGGGUGGCGCACCAGCAGCACUACAGCGCCCGAUCUUAGGCCUAUUGGAGGACUCGGGCGUUUCACGCCCAGCGGCAAAUCGAGCUGCCCAAGAACUGGUGACCGCAGUGGCGCAGAACAUCGGAGUAGAGAGCGCAAUUCGCGCGGCAGCGGGCUCAGCGGCCGGUGGAGCGGAGGUAAAGUCGCAACACCUCAUGCCCCCUCCACCCCCAUGGAGGAAGCCCGACGGAGCGGCAUCAGUAAGCAAGCCCGAGGAAUGGACCCCGCCUCGAGCCCGACACUCACGUGCCCCAUCGCGGAGUACGCGGGACCGGCAGCGGAAAAGCGACGCUAGACAGCGCACUCAGCGACCCCGCAGCCGCUCCCGGCAACGGCAGAACCACCGGGACCGACAUCAGGGUGGCGCUGCGAGCCAAAACAAGGAGAGGGAGGGCAAGGCUCGGGGCGGCUCGACACGGUAGUAGGCGUAAGGCGAAACGACGAGGGAGACCAUGGGGGAGCAGGUGUUGACUGAAAAAUGAACUGAAAAUCUAGAACAUAUUUGAGGCUAAGUUCGCUGUUGUGUGAAAAGAGGAAAUCUGUAGAACGCCGAAUAGUAGUGCUCGUUUUACAAGGAAAAGGACUCGCUCUUCGAUGUGAAUCGGGGGACCAGCGUCAUCGCUCGAAGGCAGAGGCACCAAGAAGUUGCGCCUCGCCUGCACCUCCCGUGCGCUGAACAGUAGAACUCAGACGAAGGCGGCGCGACCAACACCGCGAACAAAGUCGCACAGGAUAGCACUGGGCGCAAGUAGAAUAACAUGCACCAGCCCGCGCCUGCGGGGUACAAGUAAAAGAAACACAAUCACCCGUGCGGGCUCCCGCCGCGCAGGCAAUGAACAGGGGACGUCCGCCGGGUGGCGCCCAGUGCUAACGACCGACGCAAGUGAGGCGGAAAAGAACGCCAGGCGGUCGCCAGCGGGCGGAAAAAUAAGAAGGUCCGUUGCUCAAAGAUGGACGCGCCGACAGCUGGGCCUCCCGCGCCCCUCCCCUGGUGCAAUCUGCCUCCCCUCCUCCGCCCUACCAGGUGCUCCUCCCGUAGUCCAGGGUCCUCCCACGGGUAGGGCCUCCGCUUUGUAUGUCGUUGCUGGACUGGCGGCCCUGGUAGCAGCGGUUCUUGUAUGAUCUGGUUUCCGCCCGGCAGAUUGCGUCCUCCACUCCCCCGCCCGCACAUGCAGGCUGUUGUCUCCCCCACCGUGCCUAGCGAGCAAGGGAGGGUGAAGCAGAUCAGGCAUGACAGAUACGGGGCCACAGCCUGCAUGCCCCACCCCCCCUCCAGCAGUCGGGGUCCAUCUUUGGAGCAACACAAGCGGCCCAGUAUCAAAGCGUGAAUCUAGUAGCCGAAGUAUCUGUAGGAAGAAUCGCGCUUGCUGAAAGUUAUCAAACAAAAGUCCACCCUAACCAUGAAACGACGCCUGCGGGCAGUCCCUCUCCUUCUGCUUGGCCGCAAUGGCGCAGCGUCACAGUACUCAAGCACUACGGUAGUGGGGUCCCCUCGGAGGACGGGCGAGAUGGCGGCGGUGCGGCGUGAAAUCGUGGAACAGUUGGAGGAGAAGCUGCCGAUGAUAGAGGAUCCUGCUGCAGCGGCGGCGGCCGCAGCAGCAGCUGAUGGAGACGACGCCAACGUAAUGCGGCAGCUAGUAGAGCCGCCUCCCCUGGAGCUGGCACCGCACCAAAUCGCGACCGCCGAACAGAGCCAGGCAUUCGUACUGGCGCCGGCCUUAAUCCCAGCGGGCGCAAGAACAAUCCUGAGAAAAGUACACGAGUCCGCCCCGAAACACAUCGCAGCGGCAAUUCGCGCUGCGAGUGAGCACGAGCUGCUCCUGGAGGUCGGCCCGCAUUGCCUACGCAACAUCCAGCGGCCGGCGCACGCAGGCGAGUCAGAGGCAGAGCGCGUCCGCGCAGCGGGAAAGGCGCUGUCGGCCGGCGUGGCCGUCCCCGGCGGGGCCAAGCGAUACAUGGAGGCAGUCCCGCUGGCAAUCUGGCGGGCAACGGGAAGCAAAGUAGGUCCUCUGGCAGUGGCCUACACGAACCACCCGGACUACCGGAACAUCCCCUGCAAUGCCGCGGUGGUCGACGCCCUGGCACUACGGCAGACAGACCACGCAGUAGGACUGGACCCGCGCAACCAUAGCAGAUUUGCAGCGGAUACUUUGAAAAACGCGGGGGGCUUUGCAGCGAAUGAGUGGCCGUUGGGGGAUCCGGGGGUGAACUGGGAGGACGCUGGAGUCCGCAGAUCCGACAACACCGACGACCUAGCAGCCGUCAAAGGCAAGGGCCUGCAGAAGCGGCUCGAGAAGGCGCCGCCCGACACACCUUUCUGGAUAGGCGCCGACAAGCCACCGCUCGGCGAGGGCGGAGAAGAAGCUAUGAUCUGUGCGCCGGUGCGGAAAGUCUCCCGCACCAGCAUAGCUGCUAACAGACCGACGCCGCACGGCCGGAGCUGCCCCGACUGUGUCGCGGAGGCGCAAGAGAUGGCGAAGAAUACGAAGGAGGGCAACACCCUCGUCCACCCGUACCUGGCCAGUUUCUUAGCCCCGGAGCGGAUUCCGCCGGCGGUCGGACCAUACACGAACUGGCUCGGAAGCGAAGCACCGAACCAAGCCCACCUCCGCCACCCCGUCUACAUCCGGGUGCCCGAGGUAGCUCCGAGUGCAACAGCGACAACGCUCUACCGGUGCACCAGGUGCGACGCGGUGGGACAGCUGCCCAGCAUGUUGGCGCACGUGGUGGUGUGCCGCGUGGGGCGACAUGGGCGCAUCGGCAGCAUGCUGCUGGGCAAACUGGCCGCCCUGGCGACGGGGGAGCGGGACGCGGCCACACACCUCGUAACGACGUCAAAGAAUCACCACCUGGCGGAGCUACGUCUUCAGCUGGACGAGCGCCCGCCCCCGCCCGACAAAGAGUGGUCCAAAGGGCGGCGCAUGAAGAUUACGUUGCUCAAUCUGGAUGGCGGCCUUCUGAGCAACUGGCCGCUCCUGGUGCAUGAGAUCACGGAAGCCGCCCCGCUGGUAGUCGUCGUCAGUGAGGCAGAUCUUCCGCAGGACCUCGCCAAAACCGUCAGCGACCUCAUCUACCUGACGCUUCGCGCGCGCUAUUUUAUCUGGAGGGGAACAAGGGCCAUGGCCCUGGUGGCGCACUCCCUCCGCCCGGCGGAGCAGGCAAGGUGCACACAGAUCCCGCUGGCCCCGAGCAUGGCAGCAAUCCUAGUGGCACACGGAGACCUAGCAGGCGAACUAGUGGCGGGAUAUAUCCCUCCAAUCACGGGGGCGACGGGCAGAGACGAAGUGAUGGCGCAGCAGCAGGCGGUGUUGCGAUACCUCUCGGACGCCCCCAAGGACGCAGUCGUGGGGAUUGCGGGCGACCUGAACAUCAGCACGGGAUCAAUAUUGUUGGAACGCCCAAGACCCAACCCGUUCCGUUCGGCCCUAACAGCGGCGGCCGAGGCGCGGGGUAUGCAGCCAGCCCUCCUGCCCAGCGACGUGACCUACCCCGCAGCGGAUUCGCAACCGGAUGCGUUGUUUCUCCGGCCGCACAGCCGUGACAUAGAACUGUGGACACAGCUGAAGCUACCCGCGUUCCUCCCGGAGAACUGCGCCACGCAUAUGCGCGUAGACUGCGAACUGGUGCCGGCCGAGGAAGACAGAGAACGCAAAGGGACCGAGCAAGUGCCGGAGGGCCUCAUGCGGCGGCGGGUUUUCCAGUGGACGAGCAUGACGCAGGAGACUCUAAAUAGAGUCCUCGCGCGGGCGUGUGAGGCGGCAAAAUCGGCGCAGGGCUUCACCGCCAAAACCUUGGCGCACAUAUUGAAAACGGAGCGGGCGCCAGUCCGCAAAGCCAAAAUCCCGCCCAACCAUCUGUCGUUGCUAAAAGGCGACGGCACGCUCACAAUGUCGACGCAGGAGAGCAUGGAGGCCUUUCGCGUCCGCCUUUGCGAAGGGAAGCCCGCCGGCAUCCAGCGCACGCCGGAAGAAGAGAAGGCGGUGGCAGAACAAGCACGGGAGCUGAUAGAAGAUGCGCCCUCGGUUCCCCUGGAGCCCUCUCUCGAUAUGGCAGUGCGAGCAAUGCGGCGGCUAAACGGAAACGCGGCAGCGGGAGUCGAUGGGGUACCAGUCGCCCUGCUGAAGGCGAGCACGACACUCGCAUACUUGCUCGUCACCUUGAUCUGCAAUGCAAUCAACGCCUUCGAGGAGCCACCGUGGAGCAAGGAAUACUUGUUUGUCUUCCUCUUCAAACACGCGAAAAGUGGGGCAACGAGAUUCGUGCCGCGCUUCUGGCGCCCAAUCGCCAUGAUCAGUGGCAUCACCAAGCUUGUCGAAUCGGUGGUGCUCGGCGCGAUAGAAGCCCUGGUGAACGAGUUCCGGGACAACUCGGCUUUCAUCAAAGGCCUCUCGCCAACGGUUGGACUCAUCCGCGCCUUGAUGAAGGCGAUGCAGUCGCGCCGGAAGUACGUGGGGGUCGUCGUGGGCGACAUAGCGGGCGGCUACGAGAACGCCUUUGUGAUCCACGUGCUGACAGUAUUGAAGGAGCGGGGGGCGUCGCGCCAGAUUCUCCGCGUGAUCUAUCGCUGGAUGUGUGGGCGGACGGGGCGAAUAGUACUCUGUGGGCUAGUCUCACAUGCCUUCCCCCUUGGCGAAGGGUUGGGGCAAGGCACGCUCCUGUCCCCUGCCCUGUUUAGGAUCGUGGUCGAAUAUUGGCUGAACAUCGUAGGCCUCGUCAGCGACUUGUGCGACUGUAUCACGGGUUUCUGUGACGACAUCGGGAUCGUCGUAACUGCCGACACAGAAGCGGAGCUGAAGCAAAAGCUCACGGACAAAGCAGAUCGCUUGCGCCGUAUCCCGUACCCGAUCGCCGACUGGCGCAUCGCGGUCCUCAAAGCCCCAGUGCUGUCAAGUGGAACCAAGGAAGAACAGGACGCAUUCUUCAGAAGGUUCACGGUGCGGCUCGCAUGCGGCCAGGUCCUCCGGCUCCCGGAAGUGGAGACGCAGCUGGGCAGUGAGACGGGGAGACCCCUACGGGCGGAGAACGGAAAUGGGCGAAGAAUUAACAGAGCGGCCUACAUCUCCGUGUUGGGAGUGCCGCUAUCACCACACCCGGAGGCAUGGCUAGCACACCUGGGGGGCCUACAGCGCAGGGUCGCAGCAGAAGCGGCGGAAGCCGCUGCAGACGAGGACAAAUCAGUGGUCGAGCUAAUCGAUCAGUACCAUUCCAAGAUGUUUAAUUGUCUGCAGUAUGCCAGCUCGGUGAAAAGCAUUCUCUGCCCGGGCGAGGCCCUGGCGCGGCUCGACACAGUGGCAGAGACCUGCCUCCGCAGAAUGUUGCGCGUGAGCUUCACCGCUCCGGUGUACUCGACCUUCUUUAGUACGGGCGCCGUGAUCCCGAGUACGGCGGCACUAGCGGAGCGCAACGUGCUGAACAUUCAGGCAAUCGCCCUGGAUAACGAGACCUUCGCACAAGAGGCAAAAGUGGAGGAAGUCUGCCCCCUGCGCCGGGAGGGGUGGACCAAGCUGCGCAUCUCCCACACCCUUAAGCCCGCCGACCCGCUUCCUGACAACGUUGUUCUGCUGCCGGCCCCUGCAGUGUUUCAGCGGUACGGACUGAAGUACAGCAAAGAGGAAACGCCAAAGGUUGCGGCGCUGGUGAAGGAAGAAUUCGAGAAACUGGAGAAGCAGCUAGGCCCGGCCAUGAUGCUCAUCGCAACGGAUUCGGGCGACGUUCCGCGAACCGCACCAGGCGCAGCGGGCCCCGGCCCCCGCAAACGUAUGGCGACAAUAGUGAUGAGACGGGGGGACGACCAAAAAGGUGAGUUCGCGCUUGCGGCCCGCCUCCGACACUGCCUCACAACAUUCUGGGGCGAAGCGGGUGCUUUUGUCGUCUCGGUCCUCCUUCUCAGUGAUAGUAUCCGGGAACCCCACGCCCCGAUACACGACGAUCGCCUCCGGCUAGUGUUAUUCCAAGUGGACGCGUCGCCGGUGUUGGAUAACGUGUUAUCGAGUAGGACGGAGCAGACAUGGCAGGAGUGCCGCCGGGCACUGAUAAAUCUAGCACGAACACGACCAGACUGCCUCUUUCUCUGCUUCUGGACGCCCGGCCACGCAGGGAUCAGUCCACACACGGAAGCCGACCUGCUACAAAAGCAGACACACCUACCAAGCGAACCGCUGGAAAGGUUCACGGACCUGCGCAUACCGCUCCGACAGCUCCGCGCGUACGCAAGGACAUGCCUCCGCGAAGAGAUCCUGGAAGUGGUGAAGAAGCGGGCGCGGGCAUCAAUGACGGGCGCAUGCCGGGGCUACAUAGCCACGGAAGUCGGCGACGCGAGGAAAACGCUGCGGGGCCUCCCGGCGGCCAGCCAGCGUCUAGCCUGGAGCCUACUGUGCGGAGAUGGAAGAGACGCGGCCCGGGCAAGCGACUCGCGGGUAGGCAGCUCGUACAUCAAGUGUGGGCUUUGUGGCGAAAAGGUGGCCGCCGUGGUCGCGUUGUCGGUCAACCAAGACCCCUCCCCGCCCGAGAUGGAUGACGAAAGCUCUUCCGGGUCGAAGGGCAACGAUAGUGAGUUACUCAUCGACGAAGAGGAGAUGGGGGCGAUAGACACAGCGGCCGAAGAACUCGCAGGGGACGCAGACGCCCCAAAGAACACGGAGUUCGCAAACCUCGACCGCCAUGUUCUUUUGUCUCACUUCGCGCGACACGUCCUCCUGUGCGAAUGCAAGAAGAUCCAAGAGGAGGUGCUGACGGUGUGCCCGGCGGUUCCGACCUCGCAAAACCUCCUCCGGAGGCCGGACAUCACAGUCCGCGCCUUCCUGACGAAGCUGGGCAUGGUCCCCCCGCCCGAAGGAGAAUGGCCGGUGAAACCACGACAGAGGCCUGACAGAGACGAUGUCCCGCCGCCCGCAGAGGUGCAGGCAAACGUAAACAGAGGGGCGCAGACGUUUCGCAACAUGAUCGAAAUGGCGGAAACGGCGCAGCCCCCGGCAAGCGCCACGCAGGAACCCAACCCGCCGGCCGUUCCGCGGAACUUCGUUCCCGGGGCGGUGCACAGACUCUGCACCAGUGCGCCCGACCGAACCCAGCCCCAGGAGGGCGAUGCGCAGAGCCUCCUGGACACGCUGUUUUGGAUACCCCCGGACCGGCGAGCCCCAGGCACCACGACACGAGAGCGACAGGGGCCGUACACGCGCCCCCAGCAGCAGGGGCACGCCCCUCCCCCCCCUGGACAACCAUCGAGCAGUCCUGGCGCAAUCCCCCAUACCACAUCAGGACGAAGCGCAAGCCCAGACCUGGGUGAUGAAUACCAGGAGGCCGACGAGACAGAUGGCCUGGAAACGGGGCGGGCAGAAGUUUUAGCUGGCGGAGUAGUGCUUCGACUGGACCCGGUGACGGGUCUUCCCCUACCGCGAAGCGGGAAAAGCGGGGCGGACGAGGAGGGCUUGCAGGUCAAGCCAGACGCCAUCGCAGCGCAGGCUGCGAACCAAGACGACCUGUCAAUGAUGGAGGAAGACGAAGAUGCGCUCUAUACCUAACCUGCAUGCCUACCUAAAAACUGCGCACCUACCGAAAAUCUUCCUAUACAGCUGGACCCCGAGAGGAGAAUCGUACCACUUCUAGGCCACGACCGGCCCACGGUCAAGGUUCGGGCCCGGGUCUUCGGCGACGCCGACUGGGAGUUCUUGACGAGCACGACGGAGAGCCUGCGAGGGAGGGAGGCGGAGUGCGGCGUAGAGAGGGCCAAGAAGAUGCAUGCGUCGUCGUCGUCUGGUUCUCCUCGUGGUUCUGGUUCGCGUCUGUUUUUGGUUUUUCGCUCCGGCCCCUUGUAUGACAAGAUGGACUGAUGAAAAGAAAGGCGUGGUUGCCGCAUAGUUGCAGUCGGGGAAGACUGCGGGCCUGUGUAGUUGAAGGAGCCUAGUUCCUAGAAAGAAGAGAGAUGAAAGCGUAAGAAUCCCCUCAAAACAAAAAGAAAUGAAGAUCUGCCCAGCGUCCCGCUCGUCGUGUUGCAAUUUCUCGCUGCUGGGGCCUGCUCAACGGUCUCUGCGCGCGCUCUGGAAAAUGCUGUCCUUAUCCCGCCGGGCGGAGUCGGUAACUUUGGCGUUUUUCGCAAGGACGUUGGGGCAUAAUCGGGUAGACAGGUCGGCGGGUUUAGAACUCUGACUCAAAAAGUCGCAUCACGAUCUUCAAAACGACGCAGGAGGAUCCUGCGGAAUCCACGACACUCCCAGUCCACAGCACCUGGGGACAACUAUGCUGCUCCGCGUCAAAUAUGUUGUUCCACACGAAUGGAGAAAUGCAUGCGAAAGUAGAGCCCUGCCACUUCUGUCAUGCGUGUUGAUUAUGUUUAGUAUACCGCUAGCAGAGACCCUGCGCUAGACCCGUCCUCAAGUAGUAGCGGGUGUUAUGUCCGGGCAUCGACAUCUCCCUACAUUUAGCGCCCUCUCGCCUGCCCCCUCGGGCCGCUCAUUAACUGCUUUGCACUUAGCACGGUAUGCGCGUGCUGUCCUCGCCCUGCCUCUUCUGUCAUGCAUGUUGCUUAGUACUAUGAUUCCUCUAGACUCGUCGGCAUGUUGACGAGGUUGGGUAUAUUCGGGCAGCGAUAUCUACCUACAUCCUCUGCCCGGUUGCUGCGUGGUGCUGUCACGCCGGCCCCCUCGGACCGCGCAGCAACUGCUUUGCAGUUAGCAGGGUAUGCGCGGUUCGUCCUCGAGUCCUCCUUGCCGUGUGACCGAGGGCGCCCUCGGUACUCUCUUUGCCAUUCGCGAGCGGUAUCUCGCGAAAUAUCUGCACACCGUGCUAAGGUCAUUGCUGUUCCUGAUUUAUGGUCCUCGUGUGAUGCUGCAUUUCUCCACCAUUUUUCAUCUGGAUACAUUUCCCUCCUGCGCCCUGAGGACCCCGACAUCCGAACCCGAGCCAGGAACCAACCAGCCCGGCGCCACCAGUAACCCCAGCUACCGGAUGUCGCUCUACCAACCUGCUGUCGCGGCUGACGGCCGACGCCCGGUUUCGCCUACGCCUUGAAGCGCCCGAUCCGUAGCCGGUCUGGACGGGUUCACGGCGUCUACGACCUCUCCUCACCCCUCCGCCCUGAUGUCCCACCUGUUCAAUUCUCUCCACCCCGGACCGACACUUCCGGUUACCCCGAUACUGCUGCAUACCCGGGAAAGCUUCCCGCCCGUCCUCAAGGUGCAGCUGCGGCGCCCCGACCCUGUUUUUCUGCACUCUCCUCGGCACUCCAUCUAGAGCUUGCUGUUGGUGAUGCUCUAAAAAGAUUAUUCCAGAUAAGCCAACCCCGGAAUGAAGGGGCCGCGCCCUGCCCCCACGAGCUUUCACUUGUGCGCGCUGGGGGUAGUUGCGUGUGCUGCUCCUACCUGGUCGGCUUUGUCACCGGCUGGCACUUGAAAAACUAUCCUCCUAAAAGACCCACUAAAUAACAGAAAACUUCGUCCAUAAUGAGUAUGGAGAUGGUCUAGCCCGCAGCUCCUCCUAUCUGUUGCUGGUGACCUGGUCUGUUUUCUGACAAUAAGUGCUGCGUCGUCUAAUCUAUGGGUGCGAGUAGAUGUACUAGUGCCCGGCGGGUUUCUCGCAGCAAUAAGGAAACUGGCAAGGAUAAACAUCUGUCUGUGCCUCCAAUGCGCUGAUGGACUGUGCUUUGCCAAAUAGUGAAGUAAUUUGGAAUGCUCCAGUUCUGGUCCCGUUGCUGUAUAUUGUGCGCGGGGGCUGGGUGGAAAGGUCCAACAAAUACGUUGGCGGAUGUGUGUGUGUGAGGAGGAUAGUUUGGAGUGCCAGGUCCGUUGGGCCCGGGGUGGCGGCGUCUUUGGGUUGAUCAACUCACCCGAAACACAAUGCCAUUCCCGCAGCAGCACAGUCUGUUUAUGUCAUGCGUGACUCACAAAACUCCUAGGUUUGUGUUGCAAAAUCCCCAUCCUGACUCUGGUGUGGGUAUGUCUUUACUCAGGAUAGCACUUGCUAACGCUGAAAGUGAACCCCGAGAACCUUGACGGCUGCGCCGUCCGCCUCCCCGUCGGCGAGGACUUGAGCCGCACCGGUCUACCAAUGGGCGCGUCCACCAAUUUGCUCGUCGAACCGUGGCCGACGGGCGCGGGCGAGUUCUUCGGGCACUUGUCCGUGUUUGGGGAGACAAGGGCGGGCUGCUGUGCAGAAAUCCGCAUUCCGGUCUACAUGAAGUUCAUUCUCGGUGGGGGAGCAGUUGUUCCUGCUGGUGGUGGUGCUGCUCCAGGAGCAAUUUUAGACGCUCCUGGAGAAAGAAGCAAAGUGCCGCAUGGUGGUUCUUCGGCGACCGUCGGCGGAGUUGGGCUAGGUGGACAGCAAGUUCUUGCCUAUAACCACCUCGACGCAGCAGAAAAAUACGACCUGCUACCCCAACCACCAAAUCUGCAUCGAAAAACAAAAAACAUGGAUUUCGUGUCCGUCGCCGCGCAGCGCAGUCCGCGGAGAGACCACAAUGGAAAUGUAAUUCCCGGCUCAACAUCUCGAGGAGAACAUCAACAUCAGCACCAGACGAGCGCGGAAAUACAAAUGCGGAAGAGCCUUCUGUCUGCUGGUUCGAGGAAUACCUCGCAGCAGUUAUUCGGGAAUGCAGCUGCAGCACAAAACGAGUUCUCCGUCCAAGAGCAGUCUGUGAUGGGCAACAACUACAACGGCAUCAAUCAAGAUAAUUCCCAGCACAACCAGGCGACCAGUCUGAAGUUGCCAAGAAGGCGCAACAGCAAGCAGCCGCCACGGAAAAACUACCCCGACCCGCCGGGGCUGGAAGAAAGCAGUGACGAAGACAUCAGUAGAAGCGAAAACAAGCAAAGAGGAAGCAAAAGCGCGCGGGAGGAACAGUUGCACAAAAAUGUGCGUAGUGUCGGCGAGAAGGAAAACCUCGUAAAUAAGACGGGAGACCACUACAACCAAAAAAAUAAAUCCAUGUCAUCUUCACAGCAACAACGAGCAGGAGGUUUCGAGAGUGUUGACACUCUGAACACCCUCAAUCCAAAUACCGGAGCUGCCGCGGAACCCCAGAGUAAUAAAGACAUCACCCGCCAGCUGCCGCACUUUGCGCCGAAACCGUUCGCCCAACGGCAGGCGAAUUUUGCGGUGGACCUGCGGAGCCAUCAUAACCUAAUCCCCCGGAUGCCGAGGUUCUAUCCCGGGAAGGUCAAUUUGUAGAUUUAUAUCAGCUAGACAAGCAUGAAGCACGCUGUUGCUGUUUCUAGCCAGCUGGUGCCGUCGCCAGUUUUAUACAAGAAAUCGAUGUCGCCAUCGUUUUCGUUUCGGGUGUAUCGAAAUACUUUGCUUUCGUUGUAAGAUGCGACUCACAUUUUUUUGUUCUUUACACCAUUGGAUGGAGUUCUUUUCGAAAGUCUUUUUCGUUUUUCGCGAUAAUCUGAAGCUUCAAAAAAUCUAUGAAAGGAUCUAACAGAGCUUACUUUUUCUUUUUCACGGAUCGUGAUCUGUUCGUCAGUUUUCGUACGAACAACUUGACGCACAGCAGAGCUUGACAAGAUACGAGGGAAGCACCCAGCCACAAGUGCUAGUAGAGUACAAUAUCAAGAACUUGAAAGCUGGUCCUUCCUAGUUGUAAGUAGGAGCUGCACACGGCGAAGAUGCUUGUAUGCCCAAAAUAUUUUCACAGUCCUUCGAUGCUGCAAGAGAAAGUCAUCCUUCAUGCACACAGAGAACGCGGUCGGGGACGGGCGGCCAAAUUCUGAUCUGUUUCGAU